AUGAGUUCCUAUUUCGUGAAUCCCACUUUCCCUGGGAGCCUGCCCAGUGGCCAGGACUCUUUCCUCGGGCAGAUCCCCCUUUAUCCGGCUGGCUAUGAUGCUCUGAGGCAUUUCCCGGCUUCUUACGGGGCAAGCAGCCUGCAGGACAAGACUUACACCUCACCUUGUUUUUACCAGCAGUCCAACACCGUCAUUGCUUGCAAUCGGGCUUCCUAUGAGUAUGGAGCCUCCUGUUUUUAUUCGGACAAGGAAAUUAGUAGCGCCUCUCCCUCCGGCAGUGGCAAACAGAGGGGACACGGGGACUAUCUGCACUUUUCUCCCGAUCAGCAAUACAAAUCGAGCAGCGUGCAAACCAAAAUUGUAAAUGACGAAGGCACCGACCGGAAGUACACGAGUCCUGUUUACCCCUGGAUGCAGCGGAUGAACUCCUGCGCUGGUACAGUAUAUGGAACUCAUGGGAGACGAGGGAGGCAAACUUACACCAGAUACCAAACGCUAGAGUUAGAGAAGGAAUUUCAUUUUAACAGAUACUUAACCAGAAGACGACGUAUUGAGAUUGCAAACGCUCUCUGCCUUACUGAACGCCAGAUUAAAAUAUGGUUUCAAAACAGGCGGAUGAAAUGGAAAAAAGAAAACAAAUUCAUAAAUUCCGCACAGCCCAGCAGCGAAGAAACAGAGGAAAAGUCAGGGGAGUAGAAUCAUAUUUAAUAAACGCUACCAGGCCUUUCCUUAGCGUUUACAAUUAUUAUUAUUAUUUCUUACCUUGUGUUCCUUCUGCUACUAAACUCCUAUAGGUUUGUCACAGUCUAUUAAUUCCCCAAAGGCUUGGU